AUGUGGUAUCAGAUCCGGGAUUAUCAAGACAUGGACUACUCUUCUGUGCGGAAGUUGUAUUCUACAGGUUUCAGAGAGCAUGAAGGAGCUGUGCAUGUCCUAAUCCUGAAACAGCACUGGGUUCAGACUGUGCUGCUUGGACUCUUAAUUCUCUUCCUCCACCUAUUCGACUCUCUCCAAGCCUCUGUUCUGUGUCUCGGUGGAGUUUUGCUGGCUGGCAGUUUUGCUGUAUCCUGUCUUUUUGAACAAAGAGUACAGCUCAGGCUCAGUGAAGACCUGCAGGACAUUCGAGCAUCCUACAUGCACCCAGAUCAGAUCAGCUGCUUUUGUGUAGCGGAGUCUAAGGGCUCCUUAGUGGGAAUAGUGGCAAUAUUACCCCGUGUGACAGAGCCUGGGGCAUGGGACUUGAAACUCAUCUCAGUGAGAAAGGGCUUUCGGCAGCGAGACCUGGCCAGAGCACUUUGUUGGACCACCUUGUAGUUUGCUGCCAGCCACGAAGUACAGAGAGUAGUGUUGUUCACCUCUGUCAUGCAGUCAGAUGCUCUUAAACUGUACCACAGCCAGGGGUUCCACAAAGAGGAGGAGUUUGUUUGGCCAUCACUUUGUGCCAGGCUCAUCAACUUCCUGGUGUUUAAAUAUGCAUAUAUGAAGAGAUAUUACCUGCGGGGCUCUGUUUUAGAGCUGUGCGAGCCUGAGAGCCCAGUGGGCAGUGUGGUGUUGGUGUAG